AUACCGGCGUCACAACACAAUCACUUGCUGCCAACCGAUCCGCCGAUCACUCUUGCUUCUCAUUCCUGGCCCUAAACCAGGCCCUAAACGUGCCUGUUCACAAUGAAGUCAACUGUGCUCGUUGCCAGUGUGUUGGCUGCGGCCGCUGUUGCUCAGCCCCACGGUCAUGGCCACAGCCACCAGCAUCGCCGGAAGGAUCAUGGUCGUCUUCACGACAAGCGUGGGACCGUGGUGGAAUGGGUGACUGAGACCGUGUACGAGACGGUCACGGCUCUUGUCGACGAGAGCACCACGGAGCUCAUCAUGCCAAGCACUAAGGUUACUACAACCACUAGCACGACCUCGACAAGCUCAUCAAGCUCAACAAGCUCGUCUACCUCCACGAGCGCUAGCCAGAGCCCCGGCGUCUUCAUUGAGCCUUCCAAGCCGAGCCCAAGUUCUGCGGCACCGACUACUAGCACCUCGCAGGCUCCCGUAGUGGUGGUGCCGCCUGUGUCUAUUCCCCCUGUCGUGGUGCAGCCCUCUACCUCUAUUCCUGCACCGCCCCCAGCUCCCACCCCGUCUUCGAGCAGCCCGCCUCCCGCCGAGACCGGCGGUAGCGGAGGCGACUCUGGCAGCGGCGGGGCGACUUACAAGGGCGACAUGACCUACUUCAAGCUGGGUCUCGGCUCGUGCGGCUUCCACGACGAGGACAACGAUCACAAGGAGAACAUCGUCGCCGUCGCGGCAUCGUUGAUGGGCGCUCAAUCCAACGGCAACCCCAUGUGCGGCAAGACCAUCACCAUCAAGGCCAACGGCAGGACAACCACAGCGAAGGUCCACGACAAGUGCCCGGUCUGCGCCGUUGGAGACAUUGAUGCCUCCGAGAAGCUGUUCCUGGAGCUCUAUGACUCGCUCGAUGGCGGCCGUCAGCCGGUCGAGUGGUGGUUCAACUAAGGGGGUUUUUCCCCCUUGGCAUGGACUUGUUGGCGGAGGAUACGCCGGCGUCGAGGAGAACAGCGACAAGCCAGCCGCUGUUUUGCCAUGAUUCAACCAACCCGGGCCCCUGGCCUUACGAUUGUGAUGUCGAUCU